AAGAGGAACAAGGAGAGAGGGAUGAAGAGAAGCAGAGAGAGAGAGCGGAAGAGGAAGGCAACUGGAAGAAGAAUGGCGAAUGCUCUACCGGCGAGGAGAAAAAAAACAGCUGCACAGAUGAAGUAGAAGAGGAGGAGGUAGAGAGGGAGAUAAAGAGAGAGGGAGAUGGGAGAAAAGAGGAGAGACGAGACAAACAGCAGGACAACAUCAAUGGAAGAGAAGAGCAUGAUGUGCAGGAUAAAGAGAGGGAUGAAGAGAAAGAGGUGGAGGAGGAAGAUGCGGAAAGGCAGGUAGAAGGGGAGAAAUAUGAGGAAGAGGAUGAUGGAAGAAGGGAUGAAGAGGAGUGUAAUGAGAAUGAGGAAGAGUUUGAGGAGGAGGAUGAGGAUGGUGCGUGUGUAGCAGAAGUGAAGGGCGAGUCCGAGUGUCCUGAGUGUCUGAGGAGGCCGGUGCUCUACUGUGUGGAUGAGCAGCUGCCUCUCUGCUGGGCCUGUGGCCUGUCAGAACCGCACGAUGGACACACAGUGUGUGCCCCUGAGGAAGCACUGCAGGACAGCAGGGUGGAGGUGAGCAUCUCCAUGCAGCCUAUCUUUCAAAGUCUGAAGAAUCUCAAAAGAGUGCAAGAAACUUACAGACAUAUGGCCAAGCACCUUCCAAGUCAGUCUGCUCAGACGGAGCGGCAGAUCCAGGACCAGUUUGAGGAGCUGCGUCGCUUCCUUCGGAGAGAGGAGGAGGCGCGGGUCGCCGCGGUGAGGGAGGAGCAGGAGCGGAAGGCCCGCGCGCUCCGGGAGAGGGCCGAGAGGAUGCGGGGGGAGGUGCGCGAGCUCCUUCACGCCCUCCGGGCCUCCCAAAUGGAGAUGGAGAUGGAGGGCGAGGAUAACGGGCUUCACUUCCUGCAGAAUUACAAGAAGACAUUAAAGAGAGUAUGGAAAGUCAACCAGAGUCCAGAGAAGAGUUAUGAUUCCCUUAUUGAUGUCCCCAAACACGUGGGUAACCUUAGAUUCAGGGUCUGGGAGAAAAUGAAAGAGAUCUGUCCUUACUCUCCAGUGACCCUUGACCCCAACACUGCUGGCCCCUUCCUGCUCGUCUCUGGUGACCUCACCAGCGUCCGGAACAGCGGCGUUGACAUCGACGCUGACGGUGACAUCCUUGACGCCGACGACAACAACCGUCUCCCGGACAACCCGGAGCGCUUCACCAGCUGCGGCGAGAUGCUGGCCUGCGAGGUCAUUUCCAUUUCCGAGUCAGCACAGCGUCAGCCCCUCCGUGGCCGCAGCCGCAGCCUCGGCUUUGGCGUCGGCCGCGGCCGCCGCCGUCCUGCCGGUGCGGACGCCGCUGACUCUGCCUACACGUCCUGGGUGGUGGACGUGGGCGACAACAGCAACUGGAUGGUGGGCGUGGCCCGCCGCUCCGUCUCCAGGAAGUCGCCGGUGGCCGCGUGCCCCGAGAACGGCCGCUGGGCGCUGUCGCUGCGUCGCUCGUGCUACGAGGCGUCGGAGUCCCCCGCCGCGCCUCUCCCCCUGUCCUUCUGUGGUGAGAGAGGCCGCAGGCUGCAGGGGCCCGCGGACACAGCCCCGGGGCUGCGGAGGGUCAAGGUGCGCGUUAGCCACGGGUCUGGGCGCGUGUGCUUCACCGACGCCGACCGCCACACGCACCUGUACACGUUCUCCCACACGGCCGCCGGAGAGUCGCUCCAGCCGUACUUCUCCACCGCUUGCCACCGCCGCUACCCGCUCAGGGUGCUGCCGGCGUCCGUCACCGUGACGACGAGCCGCCAAGGGCCAGGAGGAGAGGACGAGGAAGAAGAGGAAGAGGAUGAGGAAGAGGAUGAAAGACCAACAAAAAAAGACAGAUGACUAUGUCAUACACAUCAGUCAAAAAGCACUUGUGUCUGAUGGCUGAUUCUAUUGUUUCCUUUAAAUCCCUUAUUGAAGCCCCUUUGUGAGGGCUUUUUGUGAUUUGGCUUCAGUUCUAAUUCCUUUUGAAUUAUCUAUAUGUAUGUAUAAUACACUUAAAAGCUUUUGUCUGUUGUGUUUUAACAUUUAAUGAGUUUAGGACUAUGUUGUUUUCCUCCCUAUGUGAAGCAUUCUG